AUGGCGACUAUGCCGCUUACCAGCCUGCUAAGGAUAACGAGCAAAUCAGCCUUUGAAAAAGCCACCAAACAUCCCUUCUUACAGGCAGCUGGAAAGGGUGAGCUCCCUAAAGAGAAAUUAUCGCAAUGGCUCGCACAAGACCGUUUGUAUGCACAAGCAUAUGUCCGUUUCAUCGGAGGCUUACUCACGAAAGUUGUACUACCAACCAACGAUCCGCACAGUAGGCCGAAACGUGCAGUUCCGAUUGAGCAGCAUGUCUUUGACAUUCUAGUGGAAUCACUAAACAACAUCCAACGAGAAUUGAGAUUCUUUGAUGAGGUGGCAAUGGAAUAUGGCUUAGAUGUCACUGCACUGUCUAACCAGCAGAGCGAGGAUCAACAUUUCGAAUCAGGCUAUUUUGAGCCGUUGUAUACUACGAGAGCAUAUAUCGACCUGUUCAUGUCAGCAUCCAGUUCUGGAGUGACCUUGUUGGAAGGUAUGACUGUCUUGUAUGCAACGGAGUACGUCUAUCUACAUGCCUGGAAGCACGCUGCAGACAUCAUGUCAAGCACAGCGACAAGUCACGAGACUUUACUAUCUCCAGCGUCAUUCUCAACAGGCGCUGAGCGAGACUUGGAUGGAGGUGCAUUACGUCGGAAGUUUAUUCCCAACUGGUCGAGCCCCGACUUUGAGAAGUUUGUGAUUAGGCUAGGUGAAGUCGUGGAUGAGUUGGCUGGGUGUGUAAAAGGUGCGGAUGUUAUUGAGAAGACGCGGAGUCAGUGUAUUGGGUGGUAUAAACAUAUACUGUGGCUCGAGGCGCAGUUUUGGCCUGAUGUCGACGAAGAUUGA